AUGGGGAAACCACGCAUGAUUAUUCUUGUCCGCCAUGCGCAGUCCGAAGGAAAUAAGAACCGCGAUAUUCACCAAACCACUCCCGACCACCGAGUGAAACUCACACCCGAAGGACAUCGACAAGCACAAGAGGCCGGCCGUCGACUGCGCGACCUUCUCCAUCCCGAUGAUACCCUCCACUUCUUUACUUCUCCAUAUCGGCGGACGAGAGAGACAGCCGAAGGGAUGCUAGAAUCGUUGACCUCCGACGAUCCCAGCCCAUCGCCAUUCCCGAGGCACGGCAUCAAAGUCUAUGAAGAGCCCCGACUACGAGAACAAGACUUUGGCAACUUCCAACCAUGCUCGACCGAAAUGGAGCGUAUGUGGAUGGAACGGGCAGACUAUGGCCACUUCUUCUAUCGUAUUCCCAACGGCGAGUCCGCCGCAGAUGCUUACGACCGUGUGAGCGGAUUUAACGAAUCGCUGUGGCGACUCUUCGGCGAGGAGGACUUUGCCAGUGUAUGCGUGCUCGUCACCCACGGACUGAUGACAAGAGUGUUUCUUAUGAAAUGGUACCAUUGGAGCGUGGAAUACUUCGAGGACCUGCGCAAUAUCAACCACUGCGAGUUCGUGAUCAUGACCCUCAACCCGGAUAACGGCAAAUAUACCCUCCAGAAUAAACUGCGGACAUGGUCCGAUUUACGCAAAGAGCGAGAACGCGAGCGCGAGGCCAGCGGCCAACCUCCCGCUCCCGCCCCUUCGGAUCAUAUUCCCAUCCGACGAAAAUGGGGUGGUUGUCCUGAUGGAUGUACCCACGGGUUGACCGGUGAUGCUAAAAAGUCCCUUCGGACACAAUUGAUGGAAUCGAUGCAUCGUGGUCAUACACGAGGCAAUGUCGCUACACAUCCCGAUCACCCGUCACCGCUGAAACAAGCUGCUUCUACCUCCGACAGUAUGGAAGGGUCCUUCCCCUUCCCCAAUGAUAAAAGCAUGUCUACCUUGCAAGACACCAACAACGACGGUAACUCCACUACUCAAGCGGGGGACGAGAACGAAGAUACGUCCGGACGCUCUUCUAGCUCGGAUACUCGCUACGGUGGGAUUGCACGUCCCAUCCGUCCAAGUCUAGGUCCUUUCCGCGACAGCGAAGACCACCUCCUCCACCCUCCCGCUUCAUCCUCGUCCACCGCCAAUCUCAAAAUGGCUCUACUCCAUCUAGGCGGCCGCGACGGGGGUGGCUCUAUGAGCGGCGCAAACAGCCUCGCUCCAUCCGACGACGAAGGCGACGAUAACGACCACCCUCACCACCACGGUCCCCGCAGUGGAACGCCUACUCUGCACUCGCACUCACACUCGCAUGUCCACUCAUCGUCAACGUCCAGACCAUCCCAAGACGCGGAAGAAGAUGGCGACGACGAACUCAGUUCCCACCCAACAGAAGACUCGAAACGUCGUCCUCACCACCAUCCACACCAUCAUCACCAUAAUCACUCUACAACACAUACACACCCGACCAUCCGACCCAGUCACCACAGACAGACGUCCUCAACAGCAUCCCAACAACCCUGGAGAAUGGCAAAUAUCCUAGGAGACGGCGAUGACGAAAGCGAAGACACGCAAACACCACGUACGACAGAGCCACGAGGCCAUCAGGGGAAUUCCGACGAGAAAGAUCAAGGUAAUAACCAAAACAGUCAGAAUAAGGAGGUGCUUUCCCUGGAAGCGCAGCGGCAACAGGACCAGAGUAUUCAGGGGAGCGUGUAUUGA